AUGAUUAAGUCUCCUGACGGUACGUGCAGAGUUAUACCACGCGAAGGUGAUCGUGUCCGGCUUUAUAUUCAACUGCCAAGCAUUAAACGUGAUGACACUGAAGAACGUAUCGAUCGCACAGGGAUAACUCAAGAUAUGCUGAUGGAAACGGCACGUAAGAUGUUUGCACCAUACAAGCUCGAUUGGCCUAGCAUCGAUUGGUGGGCAAUUUACAUAACGGGUCAGCGUUACGCCAGCAACUUUGUCGAUAAGGACGAGCUAGUUUUUAUCGCCGGGGAUGCCUGCCACACACAUUCACCAAAAGCUGGACAAGGUAUGAACGCAUCGAUGAGCGACACCCACAAUCUGUCGUGGAAACUUGCCAUGGUCAUCAAAGGUCUUGCUAAACCCGCUAUCCUCAAGACAUAUGAGUUUGAGCGACGCAACUACGCUAAGCAGCUCAUCGAAUAUGAUCACGAAUUCUCCAAUCUAUUCUCCAGUAAGCCUACACAAAAUGCCGAAGAAUUUGCUGUCGCCUAUGAAGGCCUUCGUGAAGCCUAUGAAAAGUUCAGUGGCUUCUUCAGCGGAAUUGCUAUUCAAUAUGAACCGUCUCUCAUUACUGUCCAAUCUCUAGAAAAUCAAGCGCUUGCAAAAGGAAUACCGAUUGGCAAGGCUUUUAUAUCUCAAAUUGUUGUUCGUCAUGCUGAUGCUCGACCGUUCCAUCUUCUUGACCAAAUGCCAACAGAUCUGCGAUUUCGCGUGUUGGUUUUUGCUGGUGAUUGCCUCGUUUCAUCUCAGCUCAAAAAGAUUGAGGAAACAGCUACAUUACUGGAGGCGCUAGCUAGGCGCUACACACCUUCGAGUGCUGUUUACGACGAUGUUAUGGACUUCAUCACCGUGUCUUCGAAUCCACAUGCUGCAUACGAGAAGGAAUCCCUACCGCUUUUCCUGUAUCAAAACAAGUGGAAAGUAUUCUGCGACGAAGUUGCAAUCGAUGGGAGCGGUGGUAAUGCGUAUGCUUUGUACACGAUUGACAAAAUCAAUGGUGCCCUUGUCGUGGUUCGUCCUGACGGAUACACUGCUCAAAUUACUCAUGUUUCUGCUGCCGGUGUCAAGGAGAUCGAGAGCUACUUUGAAAACAUCCUCGUUCCGCAACAAUAA